CAAUUUGUUGGUAGAGAAGAAAAUCUGAAAUCGCAUGGACUGUGACGAACCUCCUCAGCACAGCAAGAAACGAUUCACUCAGAACUCUGGCUCACAAAGCCCGAAGCGAGCCAUGGCUGAGUUGAGGCACUCGAGUUCGAUCGGAGCUCGAUCCUCAUCUUCUCCGAUGAAGCGCGACGAGCACUCCUCCCCGUUGAUCUCCGAUACUCAAUCAGACGACGACGCACGCGGCCGCCAUGUUUACAAAGAUCGCGGUGACCGUUCUUUCUGCUCUUAUUUUUACUCUCUUUGCCCAUUUAUAAACGACGAUGCUAGGGUUUCUACGCAAAGCUCCAGGAUCUCACUCUUCUUGGCCGUUUUCGUCGUUCUCGUCGCUGCGAUCUCGAUUUUCUCCGUCGUUAGACAUUUAAAUACUCCAUACUUGUGUAGGAAAGAUGGCAUUGUUCUUCAUUGCCCUCAAGUCAAAGAACCUCCGUCUCUAUGGGAGAAUCCUCUCUCAGCAACCACUUCUUGGAAGCCAUGUGCUGAGCGUCGAGAUGGCGGUAUAUCAGAUGCUCCUCCUGAGAAUGAAACAAAUGGAUACAUUUUCAUCCAUGCUGAGGGAGGUCUAAAUCAACAACGAAUUGCUAUAUGCAAUGCAGUUGCUGUGGCUAAGAUAAUGAAUGCAACCCUUAUUUUGCCAGUAUUAAAGCAGGAUCAAAUUUGGAAAGACAAAACGAAUUUUGAAGACAUCUUUGAUGUAGAUCAUUUCAUUGAUUACCUAAAGGACGAUGUGCGAAUUGUUCGAGAUAUUCCUGAAUGGUUUACAGACAAAACAGAGCUUUUUACAAGUAUAAGACGGACGGUAAAAAAUAUACCAAAGUAUGCACCCGCACAGUUUUAUAUUGACAAUGUUCUACCUCGAGUGAAGGAGAAGAAGAUAAUGGCCUUAAAGCCAUUCGUCGAUCGACUUGGGUAUGAUAACGUUCCUCCAGAGAUCAACAGGCUGAGAUGUAGGGUGAACUAUCAUGCUCUGAAGUUUCUGCCUGAGAUAGAGCAGAUGGCUGAUCUAUUGGCUGCAAGGAUGAGAAACCGAACUGGAGGUUCAAAUCCUUAUAUGGCUCUUCAUCUUAGGUUUGAGAAAGGGAUGGUUGGCUUGUCUUUCUGUGAUUUUGUGGGGACAAGAGAGGAAAAAGUUAGCAUGGCAGAAUACAGAAAGAAAGAAUGGCCCCGGCGUUAUAAGAAUGGUUCCCAUCUAUGGCAAUUGGCCUUGCAGAAGAGAAAGGAAGGACGAUGUCCGCUUGAGCCAGGGGAAGUGGCAGUUAUUCUCCGUGCAAUGGGUUAUCCCAAGGAAACUCAAAUUUAUGUUGCUUCAGGACAAGUCUAUGGUGGACAGAACAGAAUGGCACCUCUUAGGAACAUGUUUCCAAAUCUGGUAACGAAGCAGGAGUUGGCAACAAAAGACGAGUUGGAUAAAUUCAGGAAGCAUGUGACUAGCUUGGCAGCACUGGAUUUCUUGGUGUGCUUGAAGUCUGAUGUCUUUGUAAUGACUCAUGGAGGUAACUUCGCUAAGCUGAUCAUAGGAGCUCGCCGGUACAUGGGCCACCGUCAAAAGUCCAUAAAACCGGACAAAGGCCUUAUGUCUAAAUCUUUUGGAGACCCAUAUAUGGGAUGGGCUACCUUCGCUGAGGAUGUAAUUGUCACCCACCAGACACGAACUGGAUUGCCUGAAGAAACCUUUCCUAACUAUGACUUGUGGGAGAACCCUCUAACUCCAUGCAUGUGCAAAGCCUAUGGUUUAACUGGUUGGUGUCAGGUUCCUCAUCAUUAUAUUUUCCCCCAAAGAAAGCCAAAACUUCAUUCUCUAGUCUUUUCCUCUGCUCUAACUAUGAAUUUGCAGGUCCUUUUCUCGGGCUCCAUAUGUUUCUUCUUCCUUUCCCUUUUUCUUCUCGUUCACAGAGUGCCAGCAGUAGAGCAUGCUAGCUUGCCACCCAGAGGUUGGAACUCGUAUGAUUCUUUUUGCUGGACCAUUUCUGAGGAAGAGUUUCUGCAAAGUGCUGAAGCCAUAUCUAAGCAGCUACUUCCUCAUGGAUACGAGUAUGUGGUUGUGGAUUAUCUUUGGUAUAGAAGAAAGGUACCUGGGGCUUAUGUCGACUCUCUCGGAUUUGAUGUAAUCGACAAAUGGGGUAGAAUGAUCCCUGAUCCAGCUAGGUGGCCUUCCUCCAAAGGAGGAAAAGGGUUCACUGAAGUAGCGAAAAAAGUACAUAGCAUGGGUUUGAAGUUUGGAAUUCAUGUCAUGAGAGGAAUUAGUACACAGGCUGUAAAUGCAAAUACUCCUAUCUUGGACACAACCAAGGGUAGUUUCUAUGAAGAAGAUGGAAAAAAGUGGAGUGCGAAAGAUAUAGGGAUGAAGGAAAGGGCUUGUGCAUGGAUGUCGCAUGGUUUCAUGAGUGUGGAUAUCAAGUUAGGGGCCGGGAGGGCCUUCCUCAGGUCAUUGUAUGAACAGUAUGCCGAGUGGGGUGUUGAUUUUGUGAAACAUGACUGUGUCUUUGGUGAUGACUUGGAUGUCAAUGAAAUAAGCUUUGUUUCAGAGGUUCUGAAGGAACUUGACCGUCCUAUACUGUAUUCUUUGUCUCCUGGCACCAGUGUGACACCUGCCAUGGCCAAGGCUGUGAGUGGAUUGGUAAACAUGUACCGGAUAACUGGGGAUGAUUGGGAUACAUGGCGAGAUGUUGCGUCCCAUUUUGAUGUUACCAGGGACUUUUCUACUUCUAAUAUGGUUGGAGCAAAGGGAUUACUUGGGAAGUCAUGGCCUGACUUGGAUAUGCUACCACUGGGAUGGCUAACUGAUCCAGGUUCAAAUAAUGGCCCACACAGAAAGUGUAAUCUCAACUUUUAUGAGCAAAGAACUCAGAUGACUUUGUGGUCCAUGGCCAGGUCUCCUCUCAUGUUUGGAGGAGAUGUUAGAAAUCUUGAUGAGACCACUCUCAGUCUGAUUACCCACCCUACUCUGCUGGAGAUAAAUCAAUUUAGCUCAAAUAAUAUGGAGUUCCCUUAUAUUACUAGUACAAAGAGCUCAAAGGAGGGAGAUGAGAUUAUUUCCAGGCAGACAAGAAAAUGUUUGUCAGAUAAAACUUCAGAAGCACAAGUUCUGGGUCUUACUAGCUGUGCAGACACAAAAGCAGUUGGUUGGUCUAGUGAAGCUCUAGAGCAAGAUUCUGAACAGAUAUGUUGGAAACAAAAUUUGGGAAGCAAACAUCAGACACCACCAUUUUGCCUAUACAAGAGAGAAUCACGACUAACAUCAGAUGAAGACAUAACUGACAAACAACAAUAUCAAGGGAAACUCCAGUUAUUAGCAAAUCACCAAUCGGGAUUUUGUUUGCAUGCUUCUCCAAAGCGAAAGAUCACCUCAAAAGAGUACAAGAGAGGCUCAUUUUCGCCAUGCAAAAGGGAUGCAAAUCAGAUGUGGGAAUUGCAUCAAAAUGGCACCCUCACAAAUAGUUAUUCUGGCCUGUGUGCGACAGUGAAGUCUGACGAAGCAGCUAAACCCAACUCAUCCGGAGUUCGCUCUUGGAUUGCAACUGGAAGAAAAGGAGAAGUAUAUGUUGCUUUUUUCAACUUGAACCCAGUGAACACAGUAAUAUCAGCAAAGAUAUCAGACCUGGCCAAGGCCCUACCUGGUGCCAAUUUGAAUGAUGGCUCAUGCAAGUACAGAGAAGUAUGGAGUGGGAAGGACUAUGGAAUAGCAAGCCACUCAAUAUCAAUGGCUGUGGAAACUCAUGGUCCUGCACUCUUUGUCUUGGACUGUGUUAGUGCACUAUAAAAAAAAAAAUUCAAUAUGCACAUGUUCUUGAUGACAUAUUUAACAGAGAUUUCUUUUCUUACUA